UGGAACAAGUCCCGGACCCGGAGGCAGCAUCUGGACUAUCCCCCCCGGCCACGCCCCUCCUGGCUCCCGUGACGUCGAACAAUGCCAGUGCCACGCAGCCCCGGGAAGGAGCAAGGCUGAUCGUUUCACGCACAUGCUUUUGCAGCUGCGUCGGACAGCAAAGAUGCGUUUCGGGGUGAGGCUGUGUUUUCUCUUGCAGGCUUUCGGUAUUCUUACCUUGCAGACGCACGGGCAAAAGAAAGUGGAGGAGGCCUCUGCUGCAGACGACGUUCAAAUAGAAGUCUUGCAUGUCCCCAAAGACUGCCAGUCAAAGAGCAAGAAGGGAGAUCUGCUGAAUGCACAUUAUGACGGGUACCUGGCCAGUGAUAAAUCCAAAUUUUAUUGCAGUCGAACACAAAGCAACGGCCACCCAAAAUGGUUUGUCCUUGGUGUUGGACAAGUCAUUAAAGGGUUAGACAUUGCCAUGACGAAUAUGUGCCCUGGAGAGAAACGGAAAGUGAUCAUUCCUCCUUCACUAGCAUAUGGGCAGCAAGGAUAUGAACCAGCCAAGAUUCCACCAAAUGCGACGUUGAUCUUUGAGAUUGAACUGUAUGCGGUAACUAAAGGACCACGCAGUGUCGAAGCAUUUUCUCAAAUAGAUACGGACAGUGACAAAAAACUCUCAAAACACGAGAUAGACCAUUAUUUGAAGAAGGAAUUUGAAAGAGAUGGCAAGAAACGUGACCCAUCAGUUCAUGAAAAUGUUUUGGUUGAUAUCUUUAAAAAGAAUGACCAUGAUGGAGAUGGCUUCAUAUCUGCUAAGGAAUACAAUGUCUACCAACAUGAUGAAUUAUAAGAGCUCAGUGCUAAAAGGUCUGCUCAGUGCUUUAAGGACAUUAAUGUCUCGAUCCAGCAGUUCCUUUCAUUUGCACCAGGAGCUCCUGUGCACACAAGUUUUCCUGCUCACUUUCUUACAGCACAGCACUACCUACUCCACGGAAGUCAACUGCUUGUCAGGAGCCAUGAGUACACAGUGGAGAUGGAGCUGCGGAUCUAGUGCUAGUGCUAGGGUUGCAGCCAAAUGAACAGUGCUGGACUCUUCAGGCCCUGUUGAUUUCUCUGGGAUGUGUGCAUCGAAUUUAUGGUUUGAAGAAACACAGUCUAAAAUGGAAGUCUUUGUAUCACAUGACAUUUUUUAAAAUUACAUUUUUAUAUCUUUUUAACUAGAUUAAAAUUCAUUCCUUUUUCAGUCAUUGAGUUUGAUAAACGACAAAAUAAAUAAAACAUGAAAUGGGA